AUGUCUGAGAAUGAACUGGUAUCAAGUGAUGAGUAUGAAUUGGAAUUGGAAUCAAGUGAUGAGAGUGAAUUGGAGGAAUCAAGUGAAGGUCCGGCUCCGGCGGGUUUAUCUAGAGUGAUCAGAUUUUUCAUCGAGAGAUCGGCGGAAUUGGUUUGCGAGAAUGGGCCGGAGUUUGAGAAGAGGGUCAAGGCCAAGAGCGUGGGGAAUCCAAAGUUCAGCUUUUUCUGGAGCUCAGAUCCUUAUCACGAAUUUUACCAGCAAAAGAUCUCCGAAUACAAGCAGAAGCAGAAGCAGCAGCAGCAGCAGACCGAGUUUCCCAAGUCUAGUGUAGAUGAUGAUGAUGAAGGGAUCAUGAGUCGUGAACUUGCUGGACUCGAGCUCAAGGAUCUGCCUCCCACCAAUUAUAUAGUUAUGUUUCCUCCCUGUGAUGCACGGGGACGUCAUCUACCCUACGUUUCCCAUACCAGAAGCGUUUUGGAGAUGGCGCAGUUUGUGGCGCGUCAUGGGUCGAAUUUCCAUAGGAGUCUGAUGAAUAGCGGUGAUAUGGACAGUCGUUUUGAGUUUAUGAAACCAAUCACUUAUUUCAACCGCCUUGCUGCUGGCUAUGCCGCCAAAUUUUCCAAGACGAAUACUCUUACUGCUUGUACUACGGCUACAACCACCGUUGUUGAGAAUGGACCUGGGGAACCACCAGAGCCAAAGAGACGCCACUUUGACGACGAGCCAGCCCUUGUGGAACAUCCGGGCUCGUCUAUCGUGGAAAGUUUCAAGGAGAAAAUUGCUGUGGAGAUCCAAAUUCCAGCAAACAAACUCAACUUGUGUGGAAAAGCCGGAUUUCUAGAGGACAACAACAUGUCACUUGCACAUUACAAUGUGGGACCAGGAGAAGUUCUAACACUGACUUUGUGA